UAUAUAUACACGAAUUGAUUUUAGGCUUUCCUUCCUCUCUCUUUUUCCGUCUCUGUUCUUCAUUCAUUCCUCAGAUUCUCUUCACUCCCAAGAUUAACCACAAAAACCAUUUCCUCCCUACAACCCUUUUCCCCAGAUCCAACAUUGUCCGGUUUUCCUCUUCAAUUCGGCAAAUUAGGGUUUUCCUCUCUCUUUCAAUCCCCAUCGUUUCCCAUCACUCUCCACAAAUUUCACGGAACACAAGCUCACUCUCCAAUCCCGACUCGAAUUCCCUAUAUGGGUUGGCUGUUUCCCCGACCCGAUUCAGCCCCCGAGCUUCCUUUCCUUCGCCCCAGAUCAGAGCUUCAUUUUGGCAGUUGGUUCUUCUGAAUUUGGGCUUUUUGGAUUGUUCAAGUUCUUUCCGUGGUGGGUGUAUGAUUUCCUCGACUCUCUCGUACGGAAUUGUUGAUCUACGGGAACUCAGAUUGUUGGGAUUUGGAAUUUUUUUGUCGGCGCUGCAUGUGACGAAUUGCUGGAAUUUUGGUGGUUAAAGUUCGGAGCUUUUUGUCCCCCCUCCUUUGCCUGCUGAAGGUUGAUAAUGAGCUUUGGGGUUUGACACCACUCGAAAGAAGGGUUUGGAGCGGUUUGAUUUCUAUUUGGUGACUCUGCAUGUACAAGCCAUAAAGAGGGGUCCUCUGCUCAACUGUAGAGGAUCCCUGCUGUCUCCUCUCUAGCCAAUUAUUGUCGUUAGGGAGAUUGUUGAAUUGGAUAUACUGUAGAGCUUGAGGAUUCCGAGAAUUUGUGCUACUUGGCCUGCAUUGGAUAGUGGAAAUGUUUGCUUCCGGUACAGAUACCGGCCAUGAGAGUGCGGGAGUAGUGCCUAUGCGGUUUGUUUGGCCUUAUGGAGGGAGGAGUGUGUUUCUAUGUGGCUCUUUCACUAGGUGGAUUGACCACAUUCCCAUGUCCCCGAUGGAGGGUUGUCCUACUGUAUUUCAAGUUAUUUGUAGUUUGACGCCUGGAUAUCACCAGAAACCAAUGCAUUAGAACUAUGAAAAGAGCUUUAUCUUGCGAAGAGGUUGUCUGGAAGCUUUACCAAAGCACUAUAACCUUGUGAACAUUGGUUUUCAUUGAAUUUGUAGAUUAUGUCAUUUCUUAAAGGAUCCAUGAUCUAGUGUCCACUGUUCUUACCUACCUUCUCUCUUUUUGACCUUUAUAUGCAGUAUAAAUUUAUUGUCGAUGGAGAGUGGCGGUAUGAUGAGCACCAGCCUUUUGUAAGUGGUAAUUAUGGAGUGUCGAAUACAGUUUUCUUACCUAGGGAGGCAGAUGUAAUCCCUGCAACUUUUAGUCCUACUGGGCCUGGGAGAUCUAGCAUGGACCUGGAUGAUGUCUUUGUUCAUUCGGAUGUUACCCGAGGCAUAUCAGAUGCUGAUUUGGAAGUCUCUCGUCAUAGGGUUUCUGCCUUCUUGUCGACACAUACUGCAUAUGAGUUGCUCCCUGAGUCAGGCAAGGUUAUUGCAUUGGAUGUUAAACUACCAGUAAAGCAAGCAUUCCAUAUUCUCCACGAACAGGGUGUUCCUGUGGCUCCUCUUUGGGAUUUCUCGAAGGGCCAGUUUGUUGGUGUUCUCAGCGCGAUGGAUUUUAUCCUGAUUCUCAGAGAGCUUGGAAAUCGAGGAUCAAAUUUGACAGAGGAGGAGUUGGAAACUCAUACGAUCUCAGCUUGGAAGGAAGGCAAGUUGCACCUCAGAAGACAAAUCGAUGGCAAUGGAAGAUCAGAUCCUAGGCAUCUGAUCCAUGCUGGGCCUUAUGAUUCGUUGAAAGACAUUUCUCACAAAAUCUUGUCGGGUAAUGUAUCAACAGUUCCAAUCAUCCAUUCUUCGUCUCAAGAUGGUUCAUUUCCACAGCUAUUACAUCUAGCUUCCCUGUCGGGAAUACUUAAAUGUAUAUGCAGGCACUUUAGGCAUUCUGCUAGUACUUUGCCCAUUUUGCAACAGCCAAUUUGUUCAAUUCCUUUAGGUACAUGGGUUCCUAAAAUUGGGGAAUCCGAUCCGAGGCCUGUUGCAGUCUUGAGACCCAAUGCUUCUAUGGGUGCGGCCCUGUCAUUGUUAGUUCAAGCUGAUGUCAGUUCGAUUCCUAUUGUAGAUGAGAACGAUUCACUUCUGGACAUUUAUUCUCGGAGCGAUAUCACUGCUCUGGCAAAAGAUAAAGCAUAUGCACAGAUUCAUCUAGACGAAAUAAGCAUCCAUCAGGCAUUGCAGUUGGGACAAGAUGCAAAUUCCCCUUACAAUGGACAGCGAUGUCACAUGUGUUUGAGAUCCGAUCCACUUCACAAAGUGAUGGAGCGAUUAGCAAGUCCUGGGAUUAGGAGACUAUUGAUAGUGGAGGCUGGAAGCAAGCGAGUUGAAGGGAUCAUCUCGCUAAGUGACGUAUUCAGGUUCUUGCUCGGCUAAAAGCUUUGGUUGGAAUGAUGAAGAAGAAGAAGAAGAAAAUGGAAGAACACCAGAACUCGUUGAUUUUCGAUCUUUUUUCAGUGGUCUUUCUUUCCCCUUAAUUCUUAGGAUAGAGAAAAUUCAAAGAGCCAGAAAAGAAUAUGUAAAUUGCGAGUAUUCAAUUUUUACCAUCCCCUCCCUGUUUCCCCAAGCCUUUAUAGCCCAUGGUGAUGCUUAUUUUUGCCUCAUAAGUAAAAAAAGAACAAUCUUUAAAGCUCUAGCGGAAGUGAAGUUUAUGAGGCUAAAAUUGGCAAUUUGAGUGCAUUGGAGAACUUAGUGGUGGGUUGUAAUAAGAGAUGUGGGCAACUAGUGAAUCUAUGCAAAUAUUUUUGUUAAUAGAUCUCGUCAUUCCCAAACGAGAAAUUUUGUCUUUGCAUUUUUCUAAAUCUCUGCAAUGAAAGUAAAUCUUGGAUUUUUUUUUUAA